AUCCGAAAGGCUUGUCGAGAGAUCUACCCGAAGGAGAUGCAAGAGAAGAAACUUCCUCGGAUCAGCAUUAUCAAUGUCGAUAAGCGUCACCAUACUAGAUUCUACUUGACUGAAUCGCAGACGGCCGAUGAGAAUGGAAGCACACCACCGGGUACAAUCGUCGACCGAGGGAUCUACCUGGGCUGGACGUGCCACGAAGAGAACCAGAGUCUGCUGUGCUGCUCAAUACGCCGAUCCGGUAUGUGACCGUGCCCGGUGCUACCUGAGUCGAUUCUACGAACUCUCGUCCAAGACUUCGGUAUCGAGCAAUGGCUUCAAUGCUAGCACCGUGCAGGCCACAAAUAAAGAUGUUCC